GGCGCCCAAAACCAACUGCAACGCGCAAAAACUCAACACCAUCCAAACCUGGUUCCGCAAGUCCCGCAGCGUAUGGAGCAUCAAAGAACUCGAGAAGCAAUUACCAUCCGUCGGCUCAAUCAACGGCAUGCAAGUCAAAGACUACGUCCAAGCCCUCCAAGACGAAAGCAAAAUCUCCUGCGAAAAGAUCGGAAGCGGUAACUGGUACUGGGCCUUCCAAUCCGAGCGAGCCAAAAAUUCCGAAAACAAGCUCGCAACCGCACAAGCAGAAUUCGAGAAGAUCGCCGCGAGUGUUGAAGAUUUUAAGCAAAAACUGGAUGCACGCGCGGAGGAAAUACAGAAAGAGAUGGAUGCUGAUGAGGGCGAGUCACGAGAAGAGCUUACUUCGCGCACCAAAGAGCUUGAGACGGAUGUGUCUGGUUUGAAGAAGCAGCUUGAAGCUUUUAGUGGGAAUGACGAUCCGACUAUGUUGGAGCAAAUGCAGAAGGAGACGUGCGCGGAUUAUGCGUUGGCGGAGAUGAUUACUGAGGAUGUUUAUGCAAUGGAGAGCUGGUUCAAGAAGCAGGGAGCUGAGGAUAUGGUGGCUACUUUCCCGGAAACGGUUUAUGGGGGAGAGUACGAUUGGGAGGAGGCUACGCUGAUCGCUCACGAUCCGCUUGAGUCGUGGUUCUAUGACUGA